GGGGGCUCACCAGUUUGCUCCAUCAUGCUCUGCGUCAGUUGAACAGCCCAUAGUUCCGACGGACUGGUCGGAAGGAGAACUUCGAGCAGGUCAACAUGUCCUUCAGAGAUUUAAAAAACUUCACAGAAAUGAUGAGGGCGUUGGGCUACCCUCGCCUCAUAUCUAUGGAAAAUUUCAUAACACCAAACUUCACCCUAGUGGCAGAAAUCCUUAUAUGGCUUGUAAAGAGAUACGAGCCUCACGCUGAUAUUCCCACUGAUGUGGACACAGAGUCAGACAGAAUAUUCUUCAUUAAGGCUGUGGUUCAAUUCAUGGCAACCAAGGCUCACAUCAAGCUAAACACCAAGCAUCUCUACCAGGCUGACGGCUAUGCAGUGAAAGAGAUGCUCAAGAUCACAUCGGUGCUGUACAAUGCCAUGAAAACCAAGCAGAUGGCUUUGGAGGAUGCUGUGGAAGAAGAUAGCAACAAGUUCAAGUUUGAUCUCGGCUCUAGGAUCUCUGAGCUCAAAGCAGCUCGUCAGCUGGCAUCUGAAAUCACAUCCAGAGGAGCAUCUCUGUAUGAUUUACUGGGGAAAGAGGCAGAGCUCAGGGAAAUGAGAACUGCUGCCAUUGCUCGACCUCUUGAGAUCAAUGAGACAGAAAAGGCACUGAGAGCUGCUAUUAAAGAAACUCUGGAAUUUGUUGAAAAAAUCAAAGAGAUGCUUAGUAAUGUCGUCUCAGACGAGACAAGCCUGGACGCCAAGAUAGAGAAGAAGAAACAGGAUCUGGAGAGGCAUCAGAAGAGGCUGCAGACUUUACAGAGUGUCAGGCCAGCAUUCAUGGAUGAAUUUGAAAAGAUAGAAGAAGAGCUGCAGAAGCAAUAUGAAGUCUUUGUGGAGAAAUUCAGAAACCUCACCUACCUGGAGUCGCAACUGGAUGAGUACCACAGGCUGGAGCAGGAAAGGUUUGAGGAAACUGAAAAUAGCCUGAGGAUAAUGCAACACAAACUAAGGGAGGAGGAGAGAGAUCUGAUGAAGGGCUCAUUGAAAGACUCUGAUUCUGAUUUGGAUGUUCCAGAGGACGAAGGGUCAGAUAGCGACCUUGAAGAUUCUCGUCCAUCUAAGCCACAGCCCUCAAGAAAUGCCCCCAUGGCAGGAAGAGGACCACGGUUCGUUGGUAACAUGCAGGGUGAUGACAGUGAUGACUCUGAUGACAGUGAGGUUGAUGCAGAAGAGGAUGAUGAGGAAGACGAAGAUGAAGAUGAGGAAGGCGAAGAAGAAGAGAGGAGGGAGGAGGAUGAAAGCUUGGAGGUCCUUUUGUUGAGUAAUCGACCUCCUAGGGGAGGCAUGAGACCAGCCCUGCUAGAAGAAAGUGAUGACGACUUUUGAGUUGGGGACACAAUCAUGAGCUCUGCACCUUUUUAUGUCCUAGCUGAACUCACAUCUUGGAAAGCUCAAUUAUAAAUUUUAUUUGCAGAUAUAUCAUCUGUUCUUUGAUAUUUAAAUAAUCUACUGACAAAAAUGAAAUUAAAACUUCAGUUUUAUUUUUUGUUCUUCACCAAAAGUGACUGUUUUAUAAAUAAUUUAUCUAUGUGGCAGUUUGGACAUUUUUUGGCAGUUUUUUUUAAUUGUACGCUUUACUUUCUAAGGGAAAAUAUUUGUGACUAUUAAAGUACACAAAUGAAUAAUUACAAAGGAAUGUGUAAUAAUUGGAUACACUCAGCAGUACUAAAGAAAAAAAAAACUUUGCAUGAUAAUUUAUCUGAAAAAUGUUUUCUAGUUUCUUAAAGUGGUGGAUUC